AUGUGUAACAGAAAACUUGGCCGGCUUACCUUCUUCCUCUUCACCUUCUUCGGCCUCGGUUUCUUCAUCUUCCUCGCCCUCUUCGGCUUCGGUUUCGGUUUCUUCACCUUCGGUUUCGGUUUCUUCGCCUUCGGUUUCCUCACCCUCUACUUCUUCACCCUCGGUGCCUUCGGUUUCUUCACCCUCCUCAUCAGUGUUAGUGCCACUAGAACCCGCAACAGAACCGCUAACGUUGGACUCGAUCUCAUCCUCACCGGAUUCACCAUCCGCCUGGGAUUCACCAUCAGUGCUACUGUCGGCGGAGACAGUAAUAGGGCAUUUCCCUUUGGCUGCGGGGGCUUCGACCUCUGA